UGUCUGCUUUCGAAGGACUCGAAAAUUAUUUUCAUGUUGAAAAAUAAUAGCUGCAACGAUAUAUAAAUAAACUUUAAAAAUUAUCAGAAAGUUUGAAAAUGGAACAAAACAUUCGGACCGAUAAAGCUAAACAAUGAAUUCUCUAGUUAUUUUUUUGUGAAUCUUGUGCAGUGAAAUUGGAAAAAGACAUGUCCUAUAGUGUUACAUUGAUUUGAUUAGUGCUGUUUGUGAGUUACAACAAUGUCUGACGAAGAUGACUCAUCACCUGAUUGGGCAUUGGCCCCAACAAAUAAUGUACCAGUUCUAGGUAUAAAGCGGCUGAAGCAAAUAGAGACGAUGUUUGUCUCGCGGCGCCUGCAGGGCCCAAGGACUCAGGGCCUCAGCGUCGAGACCCUGAUAGACAUGCUACUGGUGCUUUACGACGAAUGCUGCAACAGCAGUCUUCGAAGGGAGAAGGCGAUAGCGGACUUUAUACUAUACGUUAAACCAGUAGCGACAGCUCUGAAACGCCUGCGACUGUCACGAGAUGACUUCGAGCUGGUGAAGGUGAUUGGGCGCGGUGCGUUUGGGGAGGUGUGCGUUGUGCGUGCAUCAUUCAUGCAGGGCACUGAUUGUGGGGUGAACAGCACGGGGGGUACAGUGUCGGCCACCGCGGGGGACAGAGUUUAUGCCAUGAAGAUACUCAACAAGUGGGAAAUGCUGAAGCGGGCCGACACUGCGUGCUUUCAAGAGGAGCGCGACGUUCUCGUUUUCGGGGACAGGAGGUGGAUCACCAACCUACAUUACGCCUUCCAAGAUGAGCACAACCUGUACUUGGUGAUGGACUACUACUGCGGCGGGGAUCUUCUUACGUUGCUGUCCAAAUUCGAGGAUCGUUUGCCGGAGGACAUGGCGCGGUUCUACAUCGCAGAGAUGGUGUUGGCGGUGCACAGCGUGCACGAGUUGCGAUACGUGCAUCGAGACAUAAAGCCAGACAACGUGCUCCUAGAUGCAAGUGGCCAUAUCCGACUAGCCGACUUCGGAUCCUGCUUACGAUUGGGCGACGAUGGAAAAGUACAAAGUAACGUAGCUGUAGGUACACCAGAUUAUAUUUCGCCUGAAAUUUUAAGGGCGAUGGAAGACGGUCAGGGGCGAUACGGACCGGAAUGCGACUGGUGGUCACUUGGUGUGUGUAUGUACGAGAUGUUGUUCGGCGAAACGCCCUUCUACGCGGAAUCGCUGGUGGAAACAUACGGGAAGAUAAUGAAUCACGCGCGGUCCUUUCACUGCCCCCCGCCGGACGAACACGCCGCUCAGGUGUCAGAAGAAGCCAAAGAUCUUAUCCGGAGGCUAAUAUGCGCUUCGGAAACUAGGUUAGGGAGAAAUGGGCUACAGGAUUUCAAGAGUCACCCAUGGUUCGCCGGUCUGGACUGGGAUAUGGUACGGGAGAUGCAAGCGCCUUUCGUUCCGGACGUGUCGAGUCCCACAGAUACAUCCAAUUUCGACGUCGACGAUACAGAUAUACGGUUAUCGGAAGCUGUACCUCCACCUCGGGCGUCGGCGGCCUUUUCCGGCCUACACCUGCCUUUCGUUGGGUUUACUUUCACCGGCGGCUCGCGUCUAUGUGACUUAGGCGCGCCGACACCACUAAGCCCGGCUAAAAAUGCCACAAAACAGGCGCCAUCUAACGCAAGCGACCGUGCGGCGCUCAAAGCGCUUGAACGGGAAAAUGCGUUACUUGCUCAAACCAUCGCCGAUCUCCGGGCUGGGGACCCGGCCGAAACCGCUACAGAAGAGGUAUCGCAUCUCAAAGAAGAGAUAGUGGCACUUACCAUGAAGAAUGGUGAGCUUGAAACACAAUUGAGGAGAUUCGAACAAGUCAACGCGACUAUUGGUUCACAGGAAAUAUCGUCAUCACCUCAAGAAAUGGCGACUCGUGUAAAAGAACUAGAGGUUUUAGUGAGCGCCCUCAAUCUAGAAAAGGAAGAACUGCUCAAAGAUAGAACGGAUACCAUUGAGAAGUUGAGAUUCCAGGACAAAGAGCUAAAGGACGCUGUGUCACAACGCAAGCUCGCAAUGACAGAGUAUAACGAAGUGACCGAUAAACUCUCUGAACUGAGGCAGCAGAAGCAGAAACUGUCGCGGCAGGUCCGGGACAAAGAGGAAGAACUGGAGGUGGCGAUGGCGAAGAUCGAUGGAUUAAGACAGGAUAUCCGGCGCGCGGACAAGUCGCGGAGGGAUUUGGAAGCAAGGCUUGAUACUGCUCUCACUGAAGGCGCUAAGGAGCGCAAGUUGCGCGAGGAGGGUCUCCGGUUGCAGCGGGUGGAGGCGGUGGAGGCGGCGGGCGGGGCGGGCUCCACGGCCGCCGAUGUGGCCAAGCUACAGGCGGAUAUCGAGGCAUUGGAGAGUCAAUACUCGGAGUCGCUCGCUCAACAGCAGGCUCGCUACGCGGCGGAACUGGCCGCACUACGAGACCAGAUGCACGAGGGUGACGCGCUACGGUCGCGGCUCAACAGAGAGUUGCAAACGUCAAAGGAGAAACUGGAGAACCGUCGUCUGGAACAACUGAACGACAGCGAAGAUAAACAGAUGUUAAUCAAUGAGAAUAGGAAACUCGCCAAGGAUCUUGACGCAAUGGCAGAAAAUGGUAGAAGAUGGCAGGCGGAGAGGAGACAGUUCGAAAUGGAAUUGGAGGAGCUACGGGCUAAGCGAGACUCGAUGCAACAUUGGGAGACGCAGAUUGCAGACAUUAUCCGAUGGGUGGCUGACGAGAAGGAAGCACGCGGGUACCUUCAAGCUCUCGCCACAAAAAUGACCGAGGAGUUGGACUAUAUCAAGCAUGCGAGCGUCACGCGCACGUUCGGGCCGCCGUCGUCGCCGCCCGCGGUGAGUAGCGGCACGGGCGGCUGGCGCGACCGGCGCUCGCAGAAGGUGGACAAGAUGGAACUCCUCACGCUGCAGAACUCGCUCCAGUCCGAGGUGCAGGCCAAGCAGGCGGUCGGGGAAGAGCUGAGCAGGACCCGAGCUGAACUGCUCGCCAGCCAAAGGGAGCUUUUGGAGACCCGCCAACGUCUGGACACGUUGGCGCACGACAUGAAACGCAAAGAGCAGCACAUCCGGGACAUCCAGGCGAAGUUGGAUCAGCCGCACCAGCCGUCCAACUCCUCGAGGCAAGGGUCUGCCAAGUCUUCGAGCUACUGGAGUGGUAAAGAAGAGAACGUUUUGGACCGUCCGCCAUCGCAGAUGAGUUAUUUGGAGCAGUUCUUGAAGGAAGCGCCUACGGAACGCCAUUACGACAAUGUGGCUUCUAUGAACAACGAACAGAAGAUGUCGCCGCAGUACCGUUACAGAAACGUUCAGCAUUGUUGCAAUGCAAAGAUGAUGUACGGUUCGCAACAGUCGACUGCUCUGAGCGGCUCAGCGGAGUCGCAGGACGAAAUGGAAGGACGCGCCGCUUCGCCGAUUUCAUGCAAGAGCUCCCCCAGCGAGAUGUCUACAUAUUCCCUACAAGAUCCUACCCUAGGACCCGCUGUCCCCGGCAAACAGAAAGUUCACCAGUUCUUAGUGAGGACGUUCAGCAGUCCCACCAAGUGUAACCACUGCACGUCGCUUAUGAUUGGUCUAACGCGUCAAGGCGUUGUGUGCGAGACGUGCGGGUUGGCUGUGCACACGCGUUGUUGCGGACGGGUGGCGCCGCGUUGUCCCCUGCCCCCCGAGCGAUCUCGCCGCCCGCUCGGCAUAGACCCCGCGCGGGGACAGGGCACAGCCUACGAGGGCUACGUCAAGGUACCAAAACCGGGCGGGGUGAAGAAAGGCUGGAUGCGACAGUUCGUCGUCGUGUGCGAUUUCAAAUUGUUCCUCUACGACAUAUCGCAAGAUAGAAAUGCCCUACCAUCAGUGUGUGUCAGUCAAGUUUUGGAUAUGCGGGACCCUGAGUUCAGCGUCACCUCUGUCAAGGACUCCGAUGUCAUACACGCAAGCAAACGGGACAUACCUUGUAUAUUUAGGAUAUCAACAUCACAACUAGAAGGUGGCAAGAGGUACCACACACUCAUGCUGGCGGAAUCGGAAUCGGAGAAGACGAAGUGGGUAGUGGCUCUAAGCGAACUGCAUAGGAUACUGAAGAGGAACAAUUUGCCAGACAAAUGUGUGUACAGCACGGCGGUGCUGGCGGACGCGAGCGGCGCGGCGGCGGUGCGCGGCGCGCAGUGCGCAUGCGUUGUGGAGGCGACGCGCGUGUGCGUGGGCGGCGAGUUCGGACUGGCGCUACUCGACCUUGAGCGUGCCGAGAUAGUGCCGCGCCGUGCCAUCGCGCCCGUGCACCGCCUGCGCUACGUGCCGUCCGAGCAGUUGCUGGUGGUAAUCGCGGGUAGAGGCAGACACGUCCGCCUGGUGCCGAUCCGCGCGCUCGAGUGCCCAGAGGCGGAGAGUGUUAAGCUGGGCGAAGCGAAAGGCGCGGUGGACGUGGCGGUCGGAGAACUGCACUCUUCAGCGUAUGGCUUUGCCGUAGUGUGCAAGAGACAGAACUCAUGGGUGGUAAUAGUGUACGAGAUAACCCGCACGGCGGCGCGUCGUUGCCGCAUUGCGGAGCUGCGGGCCGCGGCGCCAGUACUCAGCGUGCAACUACUACGAGGUCGCUUGCUCUUGGGCUAUAGGGGCGGUCUGGUCGCACACACGUUGCGGCCCAACCACGACCCGCAUCCGCACCCGCCUGCCGUUUCGCUCGUACAUCCAGAGAACCAGGUGGGGGUGUUCCUAGCACAUUCGGGGGCCAGGCCGCUUUGCGCAAGACCAGCGGGUCAGGACUGGUUGCUGGUUUUCAGUGCGUUGGCACUCUACGUAGACCGUGCGGGUCUACGGGCGCGAGAUACUGAACUGAUGUACACCGCGCACCCUGUAUACCAUGCUAUCAACGACACCCACCUUUUGAUAUUUACAACGUCGCACAUAGACAUCUACGACAUUGAGUCCGGAGAGUGGGUGCAGACUAUUAAUUUGCCGAACGCUCGUCCGCUCGACGAAGCGGGCUGGAUUGUGUUAGUGGGUGGCGCGGGCACCGCCUUCCCCUUCUCCGCUGACACCGCGCCCUACCUCGUUUACCUGCGACCUUUGUUAUCACAGGGACCGCUAAACUUGGACCACACUACAUACGGCACGAACAAGCGGAGGUUUUCAGUUCGCGAACAGUCGCACCAAGCGAUAGAGGCUCACAACAGAUUAUCGGAACGUCGCUCGAAGUUGAUCUCAGCACCAACGAACUUCGCGCACGUCUCGCACAUGGGCCCCGGGGACGGCAUCCGAUCCCAACGGCUGCUAGACCUUCCCACCACCGUGGAGACGGCUGACCAUGAUCAUCACCACCAGCAGAUGUUCGGCAGUCGAGAUAGCAGUAAACGGACUUCGCCUUUGACGAUAUCUCAUCCCACCGGAUCCUAUAACGGAUCAUGGCGCGGCAGGUCUCGAGAUGCACCAACGGAAGCCCCUCCGUCACCGCCUACGCACAGGGCGAUGGAAAGGUCUGUCGGCGGCGGUUCGCUGGGCAGCGGGUCAGCGUUGGAGCGCUGCCUCACACCCUUGAGCCUGGGCAGCAUGAGCUCGCUGCACGACGUGCUCAAGUUGGUUUGCCCACAGGUGGGCACGGAGCUGGGCGAGGGACUACAGUCGGAGGACAGUAGCGGCGCUUCCCCGCCGCACCCCAACGACCCCUGAUGAAGCCAGCUGGACACGUAUUGGAAAAUCGACAUGUCCAGAUUCUACGCUUGCUUUUGUUAACGCGGCUCUCGAGAUAUAUGCGACCGCCGUACGGACAAUAGCUUGAUUACCGUGCAGUGAUACAUAGUUAUAUUAUAUACAUUGACGUAAUAGUAGUAUUAUUUAUGUUACACCGGAGCGAAGCGAGCGUCAAUCUCCGCACGCUGACGUGUUGUUUGCGAUUUUUUUUUCCAAAGUAUUCCAUAUAUAUAAAAAUUUCCGAGUGUGACAAUAGAAAUUGUGUCUACGGCGACUUUUUGUAGCGACACAGUCGCGCGUGACGCAUGUGCGACGGCAUUUAUUCAUAUUAUGGUCGAUUGUUUCACUUACUAAGUGGAACAGUAGCGGAUUUUUUUUAGUAAUACAGUCGCUCGUUAUGUAUGUGCGACUGCUUCUACAUGUGGUUGGUUGUCGCAUUUGCAACGCGCAACAGAAGCUCUACAGUAGCUACUUUUUGUAGCUAUACAGUCGCGCGUGUUGUUUGUGCGACUGCUACUACAUGUAUUUGUUAGUUGCAUUGACUAAGCUCAACCGAAGUGAUCGAGUACCGACUUUUUGUAGCGAUUCAGUGGCGCGUCUUGUAUGUGCGACUGCUACUACAUGUGGUUGGUAGUCGCAUUAGCAAUGCGGAAACAAAGCGACACAUUAGCAACUUUUUGUAGCGACACUGUCGCGCGUGUUAUAGUGGCGAUAUAGUCAGACUUUGAUAUAUAUUAUUAAAGCAUUUGCACGCGCAACUAAAGAAAUAUAGUCUCGCGACUUUAUUUAUCUAUAAGAUUG